UCACAGUUGUUUGCAUAUGGAGGCUGUCUACAAAUAUUUUUCGAUUCAUCAGUAAAAACACUCAAAUUCGGCUAUGGGGAAAGAGCUUGGACCUCUACAAAAGUUUCAGAAAGAAGCUGAUACAUAUAAGAAAAAGGUUGACAAACAAGCAAAGGAUAGUACUAAAGCAGCAAAUGACAAAAAAAUAAAGACUGAUGAAGAAAAACUGAAAGGCUACUUUAAAGGGUGUUAUGAUCUUAAAGCUCAAGUUGACGAUUUACUGAAGCAGGCCAGUGAACUUUCAGAGGAAAAUGAGCCAAGCAAAAUAAAAGAUUUUGAAAAGAAGAAAACAACAGAAGUAAACAGAAUUACAACAUGGCAGAACCAGUUACAAACAGCAAUGGACAAAGUUUUACCAGACGAGAAAGGAGCUGCUUAUCUCAAGGAAUUAAAAGGUGAAGCUGAAGAAGAAGAAGAUGAGGAAGAAGGUGAAGAUGAAGAAGAAGGUGAGGAGGAAGAAGAAGGGGAGGAGGAAGAAGAAGGAGAAGAUGAAGAAGAAGGGGAUGAAGAUGAGGAAACUAUACAUGAAGAAAAAGGAAAGGGCAAACCAGUAGAGAAAUUAAAAAUAGAAAGAAAAGAUGAUGACGAGGAUGAUGAUGAGGAUGAAUAUGAAGAAGAUGAAGAUGAAUAUGAAACAGAGGAAGAUGAAGAAACAGAUCAGAAGAAACCUGCAGAAACAAAGAAAGAGAAAAUGCAGAAAGAAGAGAAAGAAGCUGAUGAGGAAGAGGAGGAAGAAGAAGAUGACGAUGAAGAAGAGGGUGAAGAUGAGGAUGAUGAAGAAGAGGAAGAGGAUGAAGAAGAAGAGGAGGAGGAAACAGAAAAGAAAGGAAAGAAGAAAAAGAAAAAAGAUGUUGCAGAAGAUACACUUGAAGUUACCACUGGAGGACGUAUGUUUGAAGCUGUGUGUGAAUAUAAAGGAGACCAACCUGGAGAUUUAUCAUUUAAAGUUGGAGAUGUAUUGACUAUUGUACAGACUAGAGAAGAUGGUUGGUGGGAAGCUGAGAAUGAAAAUGGAGACAGAGGAGUGGUGCCCUCUACAUUUUUACAAGAAUAUAACAAGUACAAAGAUUUACAGAAGGAUGAUGAUGAAGAAGAGGAGGAGGAAGAGGAAGAAGCAGGAGAUGAGGAAGGAGGGGAGACAACCAGAAGUGGUAAAAAGCAUUGGGGAAGUAUCAAGAAAGCUGUCAAUGAGUCAUUAAAAGAAAAAAAGAAAACGAGUGCAACAGAUGUACUUCAUGCUUUAGGAGCAAUGCCUUCAGGAUUUAGACCUUCUACAUUGAAACCUUUAUCUGUCAGAGAUGAUACAUACAGAAUGAAGAACUACCUGUCACCUAAACUCAGUAAAUCUAACUUGUUCUACAGAGAUCUAUUCUAUGAUCCUCAAAAAUCUCAGAUAAUGCCAAGAAACAGUAAAUUUGACAGAAUUAUAACUAUAACAAGCUGUAGACAGAUUCCUACACCUUCAAAAGCUAUUUCUGUAAAGUCAAGAUAUGUCAGAGUUUGCUUGUUUGAUGGACAAAAUGUAUUAAGCAAUAUUCAUGUAGUGAAAGUACAUUCUGUAGAUAAAGAAGAAAAGACCUGGUCAUUUACUACAAAAAUAUCUGAUGUAAUGGAUCCUUUACAACAUGCUGAAAUAUUUGUCAGAACCAAUCAGCUUCCAGAAAAAAUAGGAAUAUUAUUUGAACUGGGCUUUACAUUUGUAAGAAAUUCAGCGGAAACCGAAUCUAAAAUGACAACAUCAAGAAAGAGCACUGAAGAGCCUGGAGAGUGUAGUUGUGGGUGGGUUUUGCUCGAUCUGUAUGAACCCACCACCGGUGGUCUGAUAAUGAACAAGACUUUUGAUCUUUAUGUAAAUGGAGGAACACCAUAUGAGAAGAAUGUAGAAGUUGAUCCUGCCAUUAGUCGUAGAACUACAUCUAAUGCCUUCAUGUCGCUUAUUUCUGGUAAUAAACAACCAAGACUGAAUAUCAAGGUGCAUGUUCCUAAAAGGGAACUGAAAGAACAGUUAGAUUUACUGCCAGAUGUUCUGAUAGGAAACUCAGCUUUGAUUAACAUGUAUUCAUACUAUCGUCAGAUCUUAGCAGACACAUUACUGAAAGAUAGAGUGGACUUGGAAUCUACAGAGUUGAUACACAGUCCGUUCCUUGCUACAUUCCCUGCAGCAGCAGAUCAGAUGGAUUUAAUGAAGAUAUUUAGAGAAGCAUGGAUUGAGAGAACAAAGAUCAUUAGGGCACCAGAAAAGCUUGUAAGUAGCUUGUGUGAAUGCAUGGUAAUAUCACAUUGUUAUGUUAUUAUUUACACAUUCUAAUGCAAUAUUUUGCUACAUCAAUUUUUAUUGGACAAUAUCAACAAAUUUUCUAAGUAAAUUUGUCACAUCAAUUUUUAUUGGACAAUAUCAACAAAUUGCUUAUCUAUGGUUAAUUCCAUUGAUUCUGCACCUGUUUGACUUCAUUUUCAAUGAUGAGAAAUAGUUAUUUUUUCCAUUUUUUCAAACUGCGAUAUUUUUAUAUUUGCUUAUACCUGUUCCAAUCUUUGAUUUUAUAGAUGUAAAUAACAGUAUACUGGCUUCAUUAAUCUCAGUCUUCAAUUUAUAUACAAAAUCUAUAAUGAUACCAGCAAAUUAUUGAAAUACAUUACAGGUAUCUCCAAAUUAUUGUUCCAAGUUUUCACAUCUAGUUUACAUGUCUUACUUGAAAAGUGUUUUUUUGCAGUGUUCAUUGUUUUUAAAAAAAGCGUUAUGAAAAUUGUGCAAUUAAUUUUGUUUUGAUUUUCCUUUACAAUUUGUUUACAUUUGUUUAUAUGCUAGUUAGUUUUAAAGAAGGCCAUGAAAAGCAAAAUGUAUACAAUCAUCAGUUUCUUUUUUCAGAGUUGUCAAAAAAUACUGUUUGAUUUAGAUGUUAAUGUUAUUAGUGAGGUAUAUAGAUUACAAACAGUGUACAAAAUACUUUUCAUGUUUGACCCAGAUUGAAAACAUUAAUUUAAGUGGUUUAAUGUGUCUUCAUUCUACACAAAUUGAGCGUUCAUAUUGCAUUCAUAUUGCAUUCAUAUCCAUCCCACUUUAUACCCAUACUAUCAUGGAUGUUGGGUUGAUCAUUACCAACGUGAUUGUAAUACAGACCCUGCGUCCCCCUUCACUGAUAAGGAUCUGACAAUGCUGUGUUCUACUUUCUGUUCUGAUAAUUAUUACAUCCACCAAUGAAAUUUCUACCUCCAUGUUUUUGAAGGUAUGUAUCAAUAUGACAAAACCUAAGUAUCCGAAAAAGGUAUUCCAAAGGGAAAGUAGAACAGAGCAUUGUAUUGUUAGUGAUGCCUGGACACAAGAUCUGUAUUGGAUCAUUUGGUACAUAAAGUUUUAACCAAAUACAAAAGUUCUGAGUGCAACAUGCAGAAACAUCGUGAUUUUUUAUUUAUAUUCAACAUAUAAGUAUGUGUAUACUGUUUUUUGCUGGUUUUAGAGGAUAGUGUUUGCAAGGGAGUUAUCUGCUCUUGGCACAAUUCUUUGAUUAUUACACCAUAAAGUGUUGAUGUGUUUGAAUAGGAGAAUUUGGCAGUUGGAAAUGGACUUCGCAAUUUGAUAAAAAUGUCCUGUCAUCGAAAUAGUUACAACCUUGUUUGUCUGUUCAUCUGUAAUGCUGGUUAAGGUUGUUUCUCAGAAACAUAUUAUUCAUAAUUCAAUAGACUUUUUUCAUAUAACAUACUUAUGA